CUUGUUAUAGCCUUUUAUCACGGUGAAACGGAUCAACCAAUAAAAACACAGAGGCCCAUAAAAUGAACACAGAAGACACGGCGGCCGCCACUGCUACCGGCGUCGUGGUGGUGGAGUUGCCACUAGGAGAUGCCGCAGCCACAUUUAAUCUCGAGAAAGCUGUAUGCAGCCAUGGGCUUUUCAUGAUGGCCCCCAACCAUUGGGACCCACAGUCCAAGACUCUCCAGCGGCCCCUCCGCCUCAAUCUCGAUCCCCAUCACGAGGACCAUGAAGCUUCACUCAUGGUGCAAAUCUCUCACCCUAUUGACUCCCCUCACGCGCUUCGACUCUGCGUAUUUGACACCAGCUCUCUCUCCCCUCAACACCAACACUCACUGCUGGAUCAAGUGAGGAGAAUGUUGAGAUUAUCGGACGAAGAGAAUCAGAGGAUAAGAAAUUUUCAAGAAUUCCACGAGGAAGCAAAAAACAGGGGGUUCGGAAGGGUUUUCAGGUCGCCAACGUUGUUUGAGGACAUGGUUAAAUGCAUUCUCCUUUGCAAUUGCCAGUGGUCAAGGACAUUGAGUAUGGCUAAAGCACUUUGUGAACUGCAGUUGGAACUACAGCUUCCCUUGUCUGAUGAAUCUCUUGUGAACGCUGCUAAUGAAAUUAUUUCCGGGUGUCAAACAGUUGAAACCAAUCAGUUCGUUCCGAAAACACCUGCAGGGAAAGAGUCAAAGAAAAACCCCGGAGUUCACGAAUGUUCAAUUAACUUAGCUAACAGAUAUGCAGAGGUUAAAGAAAUGGAAAAAUAUGCUAACUUGGAAGAAAGUUGUGUCCAAAUGUCAGACUGCUUCCCGCCUUUAGAAGGGAAAGGAGUUUCCUCCUGCACUAAAAUUGGAAAUUUCCCGAGCCCAAGAGAACUGGCUUCCCUUAACGAGAAGCUUUUAGCAAAACGGUGCCAUCUAGGCUAUAGAGCAGGUCGUAUAUUGAAGCUUGCUCAAGAAAUAGUUGAGGGUAGGAUUCGACUAAGAGAACUUGAAGAUGUCGUUGGUACUCUAAGCUUGUCUGAGUAUGAUAAGUUGGCGGAGAAGCUGAAAAAUAUAGAUGGAUUUGGACCGUUUACUUGCGCUAAUGUUCUGAUGUGCAUGGGAUUUUACCAUGUCAUUCCAACUGAUUCAGAAACUAUUAGGCAUCUAGAACAGGUUCAUGCCAAAAGCUCAAAAAUUCGGACAGUUCAAAGAGAUGUUGAAGUGAUUUAUGGGAAAUACGCACCAUUUCAGUUUCUAGCUUAUUGGUCAGAAGUGUGGCAGUUCUAUGAGGAAUGGUUUGGCAAGCUAAGUGAGAUGCCCCCUUCUGGUUAUAAACUUAUUACUGCUGCUAAUAUGAGGCCAAAAAGAAAUGGAGAUAAUAAGAGGAUUAAGGUAUCAUUGGAAAAUAUUUAGUAAUAAAAACAAAGGGAAGUAUGAUUUAUGUUCUUUUGUAUCAGUGCAUACCUACUAUUUAUAUAUUGUAAACAAAAUUUCGUGUGAUAAUUGUUAUUUUUCUCUUAGUAAUCUUUUUUGAGGUUAUUAUGUUUCAUGUUUGAAAAUGUUGUUGAGGGUAUAUUUAUGAUCAAUCGAUUUCCUCCCUUCUAUCUG